AUUUCUUAGCUCAGUAAGUUCCAUUCCCCCGUUCUCCCUCUCUCAGACCCUCUCUGCUUGCUUCAAUUUUCAGCUUCAUCUGAAUUUUCAAUUUUCCCAUCACCAUUUUCUCGCGAACCAAACAGAAAAUCACAGCACCACAAAACACAACAGAUUCAAUCGGUUUCAAAUGGAGUGAAAUCAUCUCUCACCGCGAUGGGCAAAGAAACCGAAAUCCUCUCUCGCCUCGCCGCGAACCACCUCCACCUCGCCCAAUUCGAACCCCUCCGAGCCGUUCUCCUCGCCCUCCGAUCCCGAGACCGCGACCUCGCCCGCGAUAUUCUCCAAACCAUCGUCGCUCGAUCGGGCCGGUUCCCCAACAUCGCCUGGUCCACCUCUUGCCCCUCCCCGGCUCACCUCACCUACCUGUCAACGCUCGAGUUGCUGCAAUUCGACGGUGAUGCUUCCUCCGCGUGGAGUUUCGACCCCGAAACGCUGCGGUUACGCGCCGAGUUUUUGUUACUGGUUCAGAAUUUGAUCGACCUAGUGUCGGAGAAUGAGGGUUUAUUGGACAAAGAUGGAGGUGAAUGGGAAAUGUGUAGAAGAGUGUUGGAUAGGGGUAUGGAGUUGGGUGUGAAGAGGCUGAGUGUGGAUGAGGAUGGUGGUGGGAGCGAGAGGAGUGAGACUAGUGUUGCUCCGGUUGAAGAAGACGAGUUGAUGAGUUUGCGGAAGCUGGUUUUGAACCAUGCGGAUAUUUUUGAUGCAUUGUGUGGGAAUAUACAUAGGCAAAUUAGGCACUGGGAGUGUGAGGAUCCUGGUUUAGCAGUUUCUGUGAGGGGAGGUGAGGGCUCGGAGGUGGAGGAGGAUGUUAGGAUGCUCAGUGGGAUACAGAGGACUGUUCAGGUUGUACAUUUGGAUGCUAUGAGGGAGAGUAUUAAAGCCGGUGAAGCGGAAGGCGCGGUUUCUCAUAUACGUUUUCUCCAUUUCGAUCAUGGACUUGAGCAAUCGGAGUACCGCAUAGUUUUGAAGGAUCUCCUGAAACUUGUUUUAUCAAAAAGUGAGAAGUUUGGGGAGUCCUGGCUUAUCAUGCGUAAUCAAUUGCUAAAGAUUUAUAGUGAGGCUCUUUCAUCAAAUUGUAUGGAUAUUGUUCGAAUGAUGCAGAGUAUUCAUGACGAGCUAUUGUCUGAAGAGAUUGAAACGGAUAGAGUUCAAACUGACAGCUUCAUUCCACAUCCUCUUGUGCGUCUUCAAAAAUAUCUGGCAGAACUGAAGCCUGGUAAGAAUAUAGACGAAAUGGCAUUAUCCCUGAAUGAGGUAGUCAGAUCAUGCAAGACAGAGAUGUAUCAUUUUGCUCGUGUUUCUGGAGUACAUGUUCUUGAGUGUAUUAUGGAUACUGCCCUGUCUGCUGUGAAGAGGGAGCAGCUGGAAGAAGCUAGCAAUGUCCUCCAAUUGUUUCCACAGCUUCAGCCUUUGGUAGCUGCAAUGGGGUGGGACUUAUUGGCCGGUAAAAUAGCAGCAAGGAGAAAAUUAAUGCAACUUCUCUGGACAAGUAAGUCACAAGUACUUCGGCUUGAAGAAUCUUCUCUUUAUGGUAAUAAAUCAGAUGAGAUGUCCUGUGUGGAGCAUCUAUGUGAUACUUUAUGUUAUCAACUUGAUCUUGCCUCUUUUGUCGCUCGUGUUAAUUCUGGCAAGUCUUGGAAUUCAAAAUUGUCAUUAGUUCUUUCUGGAAAAGAACUGGCGUUUGGAGAUGAAGAUGCAUAUAUUGAUCCUUUUGUUGAGAACUUUGUGUUGGAACGACUUUCGGUUCAAACUCCUCUUCGGGUUCUAUUUGAUGUUGUUCCAGGCAUAAAAUUCCAGGAAGCCAUUGAAUUGAUCAGCAUGCAGCCAAUUGCUUCUACUUUGGAAGCCUGGAAGAGGAAGCAAGAUGUAGAACUGAUGCAUAUGCGUUAUGCUCUAGAAGCAAUUGUUCUUGCUUUAGGGGCAAUGGAAAAGAGUAUGUCUGAUGAAAUAGAAACUCACCAAGAUGUUCCAGUAUUUCAUUUGAAGGACUUGCAGAGCCAUUUGGAUGCUAUUAGUAAUCUUCCACGCAAGAUUUUUAUGGUGAAUGUCAUAAUUUCGCUACUGCAUAUGGAUAAUACCUCUGUUAACUUGAUGCAUUGUGGAUCACCUGGGAGCGAUUCUAAGUUAAUCAAUGCAUGCUCUUCGGAGGAUAGUUCUUCAACUAGAAGUGAAGGGGGAAAUAAAAUGGUUAUAUCCUUCACUGGCUUAUUACUUGAUAUAUUGCGUCGUAACAUUCCCUCAUCCAUGGUUGAAUUAGAGAACACACUAGAUGGCGGUGAAAACACAACCAGCAGCCAGGUCCUCGAAUGGAGAAUGUCAAUCUCAAAGCGUUUCAUUGAAGAGUUUGAAUGGCGUUUGUCAAUUUUGCAGCAUCUUCUACCAUUAUCUGAACGUCAAUGGAGAUGGAAGGAGGCACUUACUGUGUUACGUGCAGCUCCCUCCAAGCUACUCAACCUUUGCAUGCAGAAAGCAAAGUUUGAUAUAGGAGAAGAAGCUGUACAUCGAUUUUCAUUAUCUGCUGAAGACAAAGCAACCCUUGAGUUAGCUGAAUGGGUAGAUGGUGCAUGCAAAAAAGCAUCUGUAGAUGAUGUGGUGUCCCGUGUCCAGGAUCUAGAUUUUUCCUCUUUGCGUUCCCAGUUGGGUCCCUUGGCUACAAUUCUUCUUUGCAUUGAUGUUGCUGCUACUUCUGCAAAGUCUGCGGGGAUGUCUCAAGAACUACUGGAUCAGGCCCAAACUAUGUUAUCUGAGAUAUAUCCUGGAGGAUCUCCCAAAGUUGGCUCCACUUAUUGGGAUCAGAUCCUUGAAGUAGGAGUCAUCUCGGUGUCACGGCGUCUUCUGAAGCGCUUACAUGAGUUCUUGGAGCAGGACAACCCUCCAGCACUUCAAGCAAUCUUAUCUGGGGAUAUUGUCAUCACAUCCGUGAAAGAGUCACACCGGCAGGAGCAGAGGGAGCGUGCUCUUGCUCUGCUACAUCAAAUGAUUGAAGAUGCUCAUACGGGCAAGCGACAGUUUCUCAGUGGUAAGCUUCAUAACCUUGCAAGAGCUGUUGCUGAUGAAGAAACUGAACCAAGUACUGCUAGAGGGGAAGGACUGUAUGCUGAUCGGGGUGUUAUUUCCAACAGUGAUAAGGACAUUGUACUUGGGCUUGGGUUAAGAGUUGAUAAACAAACACCUUUAAGUUCAACUGGCCCGCAGUCUGCUGGUUAUGACAUUAAAGAUUCUGGGAAGAGAAUAUUUGCUCCUUUGAGUGCCAAAUCUGUGACAUACCUAUCACAAUUCGUUCUUCAUGUUGCUGCAAUUGGUGACGUGGUUGACGGGACUGAUACUACUCAUGAUUUUAACUUUUUCUCAGUCAUUUAUGAGUGGCCUAAGGAUCUUUUGACCCGUCUUGUUUUUGAAAGAGGCAGUACUGAUGCAGCUGAGAAGGUAGCUGAAAUUAUGCAUGCUGAUUUUGUACAUGAGGUGAUUACUGCAUGUGUGCCUCCAGUUUACCCUCCACGAUCUGGACAUGGAUGGGCAUGCAUUCCAGUUGUUCCUACAUUCCCUAAGAGCAGCUCUGAAAAUAAAGUACUGUCUCCCUCAUCUAAAGAUGCAAAGCCUAAUUGCUAUUGCCGUUCUUCAGCAACACCUGGAGUCACAUUAUACCCUCUCCAAUUGGAUGUGGUGAAACAUUUAGCAAAAAUAUCCCCAGUGAGAUCUGUCUUGGCAUGUGUAUUUGGGAGUAGUAUACUGUACAACAGCAGUAGCUCUUCAAUUUCAAGCUCCUUGAGUGAUGGAUUUCAGCAGGCUCCUGAUGCUGAUCGUUUGUUUUAUGAGUUUGCUCUUGAUCAAUCUGAAAGGUUCCCAACUUUGAACAGAUGGAUACAAAUGCAAACAAACCUCCACCGAGUUUCUGAAUUUGCUGUAACUGCUAACCAAACAGCUGAUGAUGGCAACCUUGAAGCAAGAACUUCUGUUAAGAGAGUUCGUGAACAUGACUCUGAGACAGAGUUGGAUGCUGAUGACAUUGUUAAUAGCAGCACAAUCCCUGUUGCUCUGUCAGACCUAAAUACCCAAGAGGUUGAAGUCACGGACUUCUGGCAUGAUUCCUCAAAAUCUGAAGCUGCUCAACUUGACACCACAGUUUUCCUCUCUUUUGAUUGGGAUAAUGAAGAGCCAUAUCAGAAGGCAGUGGAUCGACUAAUUGAUGAAGGAAAGCUAAUGGAUGCUCUGGCACUUUCGGAUCGCUUUCUACGUGAUGGAGCCUCUGAUAAGCUGCUUCAGUUAGUCAUUGAACGCGCAGAAGAGAUCCAUUCAAAUUCUGCUCAGCGUCAAGGAUUUGGAGGGCGUUAUAUAUGGAGCAAUAGUUGGCAAUAUUGUCUAAGGUUGAAGGACAAACAGCUGGCUGCUAGACUCGCCUUAAGGUAUGUGCACUCAUGGGAAUUAGACGCUGCUUUGGAUGUUCUCACAAUGUGCAGCUGCCAUCUACCCCAGAAUGAUUCUAUUAGGGAAGAGGUUUUGCAAAUGAAACAAGAUUUGCAGAGGUACAGCCACAUAUUAAGUGCAGAUGAUCAUUAUACAAGCUGGCAAGAGGUUGAAGCCGAUUGCAAGGAAGAUCCAGAGGGUCUGGCACUUAGAUUAGCUGGAAAAGGAGCUGUUUCUGCUGCACUGAAAGUGGCAGAAAGUGCAGGACUAUCGAUUGAUUUACGGAGAGAGUUGCAGGGACGACAGCUUGUGAAGCUUCUAACUGCUGACCCUCUGACUGGUGGUGGACCAGCUGAAGCCUCGCGCUUUCUUUCUUCAUUACGGGACACAGAUGAUGCUUUGCCAGUCGCUAUGGGUGCAAUGCAACUUUUACCCAAUUUGCGGUCGAAGCAACUUCUUGUUCACUUCUUCCUGAAACGCAGAGAAGGGAAUCUGUCUGAUGCUGAGAUUUCCCGGCUUAACUCAUGGGCUUUAGGGCUUCGUGUUCUGGCUGUCUUGCCAGUUCCAUGGCAGCAAAGGUGCUCUUCCCUGCAUGAGCAUCCUCAUUUGAUUUUGGAAGUGUUACUGAUGAGGAAACAAUUGCAAUCUGCUACACUGAUAUUGAAGGAGUUUCCGUCUUUACGAGACAACCAUGUUAUUACCACAUAUGCAACUAAGGCUAUUGCUGUCAGUAUCAGCUCGCCACCUAGGGAACAUCGCAUAUCUGUUUCAGGAUCCAGACCGAAGCAGAAGGCAAGAUCAGGUGCCCCGUCAAGGUCGUCUUUCACAAGCAGUCUAAGUAACUUACAAAAAGAGGCUCGAAGAGCUUUUUCAUGGGCUCCGAAAAAUACUGUGGACAAAAAUGCUCCAAAAGAUGUUUAUAGGAAAAGAAAAAGUUCUGGACUAUCUCCUUCUGAUAGAGGUGCUUGGGAAGCAAUGACUGGGAUUCAAGAGGAUCGUAUUUCAUCUGUUUCAGCUGAUGGGCAAGAACGGCUUCCUUCUGUUUCAAUCACCGAGGAAUGGAUGCUUACAGGUGAUCCACUAAAAGAUGAAAACAUUCGUUCAUCUCACAGAUAUGAAAGUGCCCCUGACAUUAUACUUUUCAAGGCACUGCUUGCUCUAUGUUCUGAUGAAUCAGUCUCUGCCAAGAUUGCCCUUGACUUAUGCAUUAAUCAAAUGAAGAAUGUCUUGAGCUCUCAGCAGAUGCCUGAGAAUGCAUCGAUGGAAACCAUUGGGCGAGCAUAUCAUGCCACAGAAACAUUUGUCCAGGGUCUACUAUAUGCCAAGUCCCUGCUAAGAAAGUUAUCGGGUGUCCAUGAACUGCCAAGCAAUUGGGAAAGAAAUAGAGAUGCUGAUGAUACAUCAUCUGAUGCUGGUAGCUCUAGUGUGGGUAGUCAAUCCACAGAUGAGCUCUCUGAAAUCUUGUCACAGGCAGAUGUUUGGCUGGGACGUGCAGAGCUUCUCCAAAGCCUUUUGGGAUCAGGGAUUGCUGCUUCUCUUGAUGACAUUGCUGAUGGAGAGUCAGCUGCCCAUCUUCGUGACAGGUUGGUUGUGGAAGAACGGUACAGCAUGGCCGUGUAUACCUGCAAAAAGUGUAAGAUUGAUGUCUUCCCAGUGUGGAAUGCAUGGGGUCAUGCGUUACUUCGGAUGGAACGUUACGGACAUGCUCGUGUAAAGUUUAAGCAAGCUCUUCAGUUGUACAAGGGUGAUUCUGGACCUGUGAUUUUAGAAAUUAUUAAUACAAUUGAAGGUGGCCCACCAGUUGAUGUUUCAGCUGUUCGUUCUAUGUAUGAACAUCUGGCUAAAAGUGCGCCAACAAUCUUGGAUGAUUCUCUUUCUGCUGAUUCAUAUCUCAACAUCUUAUACAUGCCAUCAACAUUACCCCGUUCAGAAAGGUCAAGACGAUCUCAAGUAUCUGCAAAUAAUAAUUCUAUAUAUAGCCGAGACUUUGAAGAUGGUCCUCGGAGUAACCUGGAUAAUGUUAGAUAUACUGAAUGUGUCAAUUACUUCCAAGAUUAUGCACGUCAGCAUUUGCUUGGUUUUAUGUUUAGGCAUGGUCACUACCAUGAUGCUUGCUUCUUGUUCUUUCCUCCUGAUGCUGUCCCACAACCACCACAGCCAUCAAUCAUGAGUGGGGUGUCUUCUUCAUCACCCCAAAGACUAGAUUCUUUGGCAACUGAUUAUGGGACAAUUGAUGAUCUUUGUGAACUGUGCAUUGGUUAUGGUGCCAUGCCUAUUUUGGAGGAAGUCAUCUCAACUAGAAUGUCAUCAACUAAUUCCGAGGAUGCAGUGGUGAAUCAGUAUACUGUGACAGCCCUUGCUCGUAUUUGCCUCUAUUGUGAAACUCACAAGCAUUUCAAUUAUUUAUACAGGUUUCAGGUAAUUAAAAAGGACCAUGUUGCUGCUGGACUCUGUUGUAUUCAGUUGUUUAUGAAUUCUUGUUCCCAAGAGGAAGCCAUUAGACAUUUGGAACAUGCUAAGAUGCAUUUUGACGACGGAUUGUCUGCUAGGCACAAAGGUGGGGAAUCUACCAAGCUUGUCACAAAAGGUCUGAGAGGAAAAAGUGCCUCUGAAAAGCUUACUGAAGAAGGUCUUGUCAAAUUCUCUACUAGGGUAUCAAUUCAGGUUGAAGUUGUUAAAUCCUUUAAUGACUCAGAAGGACCACAAUGGAAUCACUCACUUUUUGGCAAUCCAAAUGAUGCAGAAACUUUCAGACGUAGGUGCAAAAUUGCAGAGAUUCUUGUUGAGAAGAAUUUUGAUUUGGCAUUCCAAGUAAUCUAUGAAUUUAAUCUUCCUGCUGUUGAUAUAUACGCUGGUGUUGCUGCAUCUCUUGCUGAGAGAAAAAGAGGCAGCCAAUUGACAGAAUUCUUUAGAAACAUCAAAGGCACAAUAGAUGAUGAAGAUUGGGACCAGGUAUUGGGUGCUGCAAUAAAUGUAUAUGCCAAUAAGCAUAAAGAACGGCCAGACCGUCUAAUAGACAUGUUAACUAGCAGCCACAGGAAGGUGCUUGCUUGUGUAGUUUGUGGUCGUUUAAAAAGCGCGUUUCAAAUUGCUUCACGGAGUGGAAGCGUAGCUGAUGUUCAAUAUGUUGCUCAUCAGGCACUGCAUGUCAAUGCACUUCCUGUGCUUGAUAUGUGUAAGCAAUGGUUGGCUCAGUACAUGUAAUCUAUAUCUGGCUGAAUCUGUGAAUUAGAUGUCAAGAGACCUUAGCUAUAUCUCAAGGAAGAGGAUUGAACCAUAGCAAUGUGAGUCAAGUAUUGAUUGUAAAAAUCAAGAGAUUAUUUUGUUUCAAUAUUUCACAGAUCCUGGUUUUUGUUUGGGAGUUUUCUGUGAUCUGAGGUAUAUAAGCAUCCAAGUUGGUCCGAUCAUUGGUACUGCUACCAUUGCCAAGUUUGGGAGAUUAGGGGAGAUAUAUCAUCUCAUGCCUUAAACAUGCAUUUCUAUCCCUGAAUCUUAAUUCAGAUACUGAAUUUCGGUCCUCCUGAUCCUGAAUGCCAACGACGACGGUGCAUGAAAUUUUCAGCCAGAGAAAUUUACUCUGAUAUGGCAUUAGAAAGAACUCUACUAUUGUGAUGUCUUAGAGUAGAAGAUUUGUACAUGAAUUUUGAGCAAUUGUCAAUGUAUCAAAGUAGUUGUAAAAAUGUCAUUGAUUUGAUUUUGAGUGUUUAGAUCAUAGCGUUUAGAUCGACGGUAUUAAGUCAUAGGGUGGAUCGUAUUUUGCUUGAUAUGCUGAUUCAAUUAUACGUAUCCCUUUGUUGUUGUAUGGUUAAUUAAUCGUGAACCAAAAUACUUGGAAGAGCUCAAUCACCAAAUUAAAUUGUGAAUCAUAUUGCACCACACAAAUGAUGCUAAGCAUCUAUUCUGUCUA